AUGGCUGCGUACGGCCCCGGCGUUGUGAACUGGCAGGGAAAUUUUGUGACCCUUGGCCUACCUUGCUGCUUUGAAGCGCUGCUCAAAGCGACGGUUGCGGAAGAAGCCCGUCAUUUUUCGCAAGGGUACGAGAUUGACCCGUUUGGGGGGUCCCCGCUUUCGUCAUUGAAUCUUCUUCAGGCAGCGGCCUUCAAGACAUGGGCGCCCAGACUGCAAUCAUACUACGUUGAUGGCCUGGGUAAGCUAUAUGCCCAUAAUUCACAGCUAAAGCGUAUUUUCUCUUCCUCUGUCUUCGCUGCGGCAAGCAUCAAUUUUGGUCCCCGAACUGUAUGUUUUCCUCAUAAGGAUCAGGGAAAUUUGCCUUUUGGAUGGUGUGCAAUAACGGUUCUAGGCUCCUUCAAUGCAAAGAAGGACGGUCAUUUAGUUCUUCGGGAGCUGGGGCUAGUCAUUGAGUUUCCUGCUGGGUCAACCUUCUUCAUCCCUUCGGCGGUCAUCACACAUUACAACACACCCAUUGGAAGAAAUGAAACACGGUAUUCCUUCACGCAAUAUACUGUUGGAAGCAUCUUUCGUUACGUUGAGCAUGGGUUUCAGAAGGAUGCAGAGUUUUACGCUGGUCUGUCGGAUGAGGAGAUCAGGGAGGAACAUGAGAAGGCCGCAAAGCGGUGGGAGUUGGGCAUUGGGAUGUUUUCCACGUUGAAGGAGCUUUCUGGUUCCACAUAG